AACGCUGUGAAACAUCAGUUAUCAUGAAUAUUAGCUACAAAGAACACAUGGAUUAAGUUUACUGACGAAGACGGCAGAAAAGAUACACCACUACCGCUUUGCCUAGAGUCUUCCGUCCGUGACUUCAACUGCUAACAUUAUUUAAGUCGCACUUUGGCAAACAUUGAUGCACAUGACCUUUUGCCGCUUGUUGUUCUAGAUUACCGCGGAAACCUUACGCUGUUACACCAUUUUGUCCUCAACCUGUAAUUACAGUAAAUUCUUUUCGAUCAUUCAUCAAUCUCCGAUCAACUUGGAACAAUCAGUCGAUUACUGGCAGCUGGAGACAAUGUGGAAACAAUCAGAAAAUGAAUCGAGCAAGUCAAAGGGGAACUCACAACAUGUGCUUUAUGGACCACAUGUUAUUCGCAGUUUUCAUUCUCCUACUCUUUGUUACCCUUUCAUCAACUGAUCAAGUGAUUUUAGAGAAACAGCCAGUGUCGAGGAGAACAUGGAUUUGGGUCACAGCAAAGCCAACGGGUGCAGACGACGGGCCGGCUGGGUGGGUGAAACAGAAAUAUUACUCACUCUGUGAUGUUUAUCUGGAUGCAUUUCCACAACCAAACAGCUGGCUUAUAAGUGAUCCCAUCGGGGUCGACAAUGUGGUGAAAACAGUCAUCGUUACUAUUGAUUACAAAACAGAGAACUGCACUGCUAUCAAAGGAGGGAUCCAUUGCAAAAACUAUUUCCAUUUAUACGAACAUCAGUCCUGGCAAACAACGAGACUCGACCCUGUAACAAACAAUGCUAGUUAUGACAAGAUUGCGAAAACAGCUCCGUUAGCUCUUGGCAUCAGAGUGUCUCAAAAGUUUCGUGUAGAAGUUAAAAAAAAGUACAUCUUUUUGGCAUUUCAUGACCAGGGUUCGUGUAGUGUCCUUUAUUCUGUCACUGUUAGUUAUUACGUCUGCCCAAUAUCGACUCAAGUUAGUAGCUUGGUUUCCCUACCACACACAGUAGCUCCAGCAAACAACUCAAAGCCUGUUGAAGUUGGUUGUGUUACAGAUGCCUUUAACAACCAAGGGACUCUAAGCCUGGAUUGUCAGAGUGAUGGGGUUUGGAACAUCAGCUCACUUAAUGGAAGUUGUAUAUGCCGGGAGGGGAUGGAAAACGCAGUAGGAAAAUGUAAAGAUUGUCCAGAAAAACGAUACAACGAUGAGAGUGGCUUAAAUUGUACAGUUGUACCAUCAGCCCCGAAAAAUGUCAGCCUCGGCUUUGUCAACCAAAGCGCUCUGGAAAUACAGUGGCAGCCUCCCGCAGAAACUGGGGUUCAGACCCACGUGUUUUAUGAAGUUGAAUGCCGUCGACCAUGUGAAGUUGAAGACGAAAGCGAGUGCGUAGAUAAAGCUUGCAGGAGUGACAUCAUUUUCAUACCAAGAAAGGAUGGCCUGAGCACCACUAAGGUUACUGUUGGAAACCUUACCUCAUUUGUAAACUACACAAUAAGAGUUUACGCUAAGAACCGAGUGAGCGAAGUGGCGAAAUUGAAAUAUGGAGUUGAGGCGAACUUCACGGCAAUUACCAUAAGGACUAACGGGUCAUGUAAGUCAGUAUAA